GGACUGAUACAAAAAAACUAGUGCAAUCCUGCCUGGUAUGGACUUGUUGUCCGGGACGUAUAUAUUUGCGGUCCUGUUAGCAUGCGUCGUGUUUCAGUCUGGCGCCCAGGAGAAGAACUACACCGUCCGGGAAGAAAUGCCAGAAAACGUCCUGAUAGGCGACUUGCUGAAAGACCUCAACUUGUCGCUAAUUCCAGACAAGUCCUUAACAACGCCUAUGCAGUUCAAGUUAGUGUACAAGACCGGAGAUGUGCCACUGAUUCGAAUUGAAGAGGGUACUGGUGAGAUCUUCACUACUGGAGCUCGCAUUGAUCGUGAGAAAUUAUGUGCUGGUGUCUUAGUGGACACCCGUUGCUUUUAUGAGGUGGAGGUUGCCGUUCUGCCAGAUGAAAUAUUUAGACUGGUUAAAAUACGUUUUCUGAUAGAAGACAUAAAUGAUAAUGCACCAUUAUUCCCUGCAACGGUUAUCAACAUAUCAAUUCCAGAGAACUCAGCUAUAAACUCUCGAUAUGCUCUCCCAGCAGCCAUUGAUCCUGACAUAGGAAUAAACGGAGUUCAAAACUACCAACUAAUUAAGGGUCAAAGUAUUUUUGGGCUUGAUGUUAUUGAAACACCAGAAGGAGAGAAGAUGCCGCAAUUGAUAGUUCAAAAGGAGUUAGAUAGGGAAGAGAAAGAUACAUAUGUAAUGAAAGUAAAGGUUGAAGAUGGUGGCUUUCCUCAAAGAUCCAGUACUGCCAUUUUGCAAGUCAGUGUUGCUGAUACAAACGAUAACCGCCCAGUCUUCAAGGAGAAUGAGAUUGAAGUCAGUAUACCAGAAAAUGCUCCUGUAGGUACUUCAGUGACACAACUUCAUGCCACAGAUGCCGACAUAGGUGAAAAUGCCAGGAUUCACUUCUAUUUCAGCAAUCUAGUCUCCAACAUGGCCAAGAGGCUAUUUCACCUCAACUCCACCAGUGGACUUAUCACAAUCAAAGAACCACUGGAUAGGGAGGAAUCACCAAACCACAGGUUACUGGUUUUGGCAAGUGAUGGUGGAUUGAUACCAGCAAGAUCAAUGGUACUAGUAAAUGUUACAGAUGUCAAUGAUAAUGUCCCAUCAAUUGACAUAAGAUAUAUCAUCAAUCCAAUCAAUGGCACCGUGGUUCUUUCGGAAAAUUCUCCACUCAACACAAAAAUUGCGCUCAUAACUGUGACAGAUAAGGAUGCUGACCUUAAUGGUAGGGUGACGUGCUUUACAGAUCAUGAAGUCCCUUUCAGGUUGAGGCCAGUAUUCAGUAAUCAGUUCCUCCUAGAGACUGCUGCAUAUCUUGACUACGAGUCCACAAGAGAAUAUGCUAUUAAAUUACUGGCUGCAGAUGCUGGCAAACCUCCUUUGAAUCAAUCAUCCAUGCUCCUCAUCAAAGUAAAAGAUGAAAAUGACAAUGCUCCAGUUUUCACUCAGCCUUUCAUAAGUCUUUCUGUUCCUGAGAAUAACUCUCCUGGCACCCAGUUGACAAAAAUAAGUGCAACGGAUGCAGACACAGGGCAUAAUGCUGAGAUAAACUACCUGCUUGGCAUUGAUGCUCCAUCUGAAUUCAACCUGGAUCGUCGUACAGGCAUUCUGACUGCAGUGAAGAAACUGGAUAGAGAAAAACAGGAAAAAUAUUCAUUCACAGUUCUGGCAAAAGAUAACGGGAUGCCACCUUUAAUAACCAAUGCCACAGUCUUAGUGACUGUUCUUGAUCAGAAUGACAACAGUCCAAUUUUCACUCACAAUGAGUACAACUUCUAUGUCCCAGAAAACCUUCCAAGACAUGGCACAGUAGGACUAAUCACUGUAACUGAUCCUGAUUAUGGAGAAAAUUCUGCAGUCACUCUCUCCAUUUUAGACGCAAGUGAUGACUUCACCAUUGAUCCACAGACUGGUGUCAUCCGACCGAAUAUUUCCUUUGAUAGAGAAAAACAAGAAUCUUAUACUUUCUAUGUAAAGGCUGAGGAUGGUGGUAGGGUAUCACGAUCUUCAACUGCCAAAGUCACCAUAAAUGUGGUUGAUGUCAAUGACAACAAACCAGUUUUUGUUGUCCCUUCUUCGAACUACUCCUAUGAAUUGGUUCUGCCAUCCACUAAUCCAGGCACAGUGGUCUUCACGGUAGUUGCUGUUGACAAUGACACUGGCAUGAAUGCAGAGCUUCAUUACAGCAUUGUAGGAGGAAACACAAAAGGUCUGUUUAUGAUUGACCAAACAACAGGCAACAUUACACUGAAGGAGAAAUGUGUCCUUGCAGACCUUGGUUUACACAAACUGGUAGUCAAAGUCAAGGACUUAGGACAACCUGAUUCUCUCUUCAGUGUUGUAAAUGUUAAUCUAUUUGUGAAUGAGUCAGUGACCAAUGCUACACUGAUAUAUGAAUUGGUGCGAAAAAACAUUGAAACACCAGUGACCCAAAGUAUUGAGACAGCUGAUACAUCCUCACCAUCCAGUGACUAUGUCAAGAUCGUGGUUGCCAUUGUUGCAGGCACCAUAACUGUCAUCCUUGUUAUUUUCAUCACUGCUGUAGUAAGAUGCCGCCAAUCACCACACCUUAAGGCUGCUCAGAAAAACAAGCAGAAUUCCGAAUGGGUUACUCCAAACCCAGAAAACAGGCAGAUGAUAAUGAUGAAGAAAAAGAAGAAGAAGAAGAAGCAUACCCCUAAGAACUUGCUGCUUAACUUUGUUACUAUUGAAGAAACUAAGGCAGAUGAUGCUGACAAUGAUGGAAACAGCGUCACACUAGACCUUCCCAUUGAACUGGAAGAGCAAACCAUGGGCAAGUACAACUGGGGCACUACACCUACUACUUUCAAGCCUGAAAGUCCUGAUUUGGCCCGGCACUACAAAUCUGCCUCUCCACAGCCUGCCUUCCAGAUCCAGCCGGAAACUCCCCUGAAUUCAAAGCACCACAUAAUCCAGGAACUGCCUCUUGAUAACACCUUUGUGGGCUGUGAUUCCAUCUCCAAGUGUUCCUCCAGCAGUUCUGAUCCCUACAGCAUUUCUGAGUGCAGCUAUCCAGUGACAACUUUCAAGACCCCUGUGUCUGUACACACCAGACUGCCAAUGAAGGAGGUUAUACGAUCUCGCACACCCAUGAAAGAGACAACUACUGUGGAGAUCUGGACUCAUCCCCAACCACAGCAGAAAUCCGAGGGAAAAAAGGCAGGAAAGUCCCAGCGGCGUGUCACAUUUCACCUACCAGAAGGCUCUCAGGAAAGCAGCAGUGAUGAUGGACUAGGAGACCAUGAUACAGGCAGCCUUCCCAGCACAUCCCAUGCCCUGCCCCUUGGCUAUCCUCAGGAGGAGUACUUUGAUCAUGCUGCACCCAACAACCGCACUGAAGGGGAUGGCAACUCUGAUCCUGAAUCCACUUUCAUUCCUGGACUAAAGAAAGCUGCAGAAAUAACUGUUCAACCAACCUUGGAAGAGGCCUCUGACAACUGCACUCAAGAAUGUCUCAUCUUGGGCCACUCUGAUGCCUGCUGGAUGCCAGCUUCUCUGACCCAUUCCAGCCCUUUACAGGCACAGACCUCUGCUCUGUGCCACAGCCCACCCCUGACGCAGACCACUCUUCGCCGGCGCAACCCUCCAGUGACACAGACCGUUGUGCUCUGCCACAGUCCGCCGGUGACCCAGACUAUUGCACUGUGCCACAGCCCUCCACCAGCACAGACCUCCACUCUGCACCACAGCCCACCUCUAGCACAGGCUACUGCUCUUCACCACAGCCCUUCACCAGCACAGGCCUCUGCCCUCCGCUACAGCCCUCCCCUGGCACAGGCUGCCACAAUCCACUACAGCCCUCCUCUGCCACAGGCUGCUGCCCUCCAUUGUAGCCCCGCACAACCACCAAUGGGUCUGCAGCAAGGUUGGGGGCAAAGUGCUGGCCCUGAUGGACUACUUUCUCUUGAUCAGGGAGCACAAGGUAGUACAAGAUCUCAGUUUUACGCCAUGUCUGAAAGACUUCAUCCUAGUGAUGAUUCAAUUAAAGUCAUUCCCUUGAAAACCUUCACUCCAGGGCAGCAGGCCAGACCCUCUAGGGGUGAUUCUCCCACUAUGGAAGAACAUCCUUUAUAA